AUGCGGGAAGAUCAGCCCGUGGAUCGAUGCGUCUUCGAUAUUGCACUUAUUUGUGCGCUGCGGGAGGAGUCGGACGCAGUGGAGGCAGCAUUCGACUGCUUUUUCGAAGACGACGAGCUUCACUACGAGAAGGUCGCAGGAGACCCCAACUCCUAUACAUUCGGCAAAAUCGGCGCUCAUCAUGUGGUUCUAGCAUAUACGCCAGGAAUGGGGAAAGCCAGCUCUGCCAGCCUGGCUGCCAGUUUUCGUGCAAGCUUUCCUAACAUUCGACUUGGCAUGGUAGUCGGCAUAUGUGGUGGAGUGCCUCAACCUGCUGAAAGAGAGAAAGUAUUCCUUGGCGAUAUCAUUAUCAGUACGGGAGUGGUGCAGCUCGAUUUUGGACGACAAUAUGCGGACCAGUUCGUUCGCAAGGACACCAUCCAAGACAACCUGGCGCGUCCUAAUUCGGAAAUACGCGGGUUCUUGCAUCAACUUCAGGGGUGGAAAGCGCGAGGACAUCUUCAACAGAAUAUUUCCAGAAAUAUUUCCGAGAUUUGCGCUAAGGAAGGCUUUGCCAGCUGGGUCCGUCCAACAGCGGUGCAUGACAGGCUGUAUAGAGCAGACUAUGACCACAUACACCGGGAUCCGAGAAUUUGCUCUGUCUGUGCGCAAUCUAGCGGAAGCUUGGUGGUCUGUGAAAGAGCACGCAUAUCCUCAUGUGAACAACUUGGGUGCGAUCAGUCUCAGCUAAUCCAAAGAGAAAAAAGCACUGGCGACACCGCGGCAAUCCAUUUCGGCCGUAUCGCUUCGGGUGACCAGGUUAUGAAGUCUGCAGCCGAUCGAGAUCGAAUUGCAAACCAGGAGGACAUUGUGGCCUUUGAGAUGGAAGGCGCGGGUGUGUGGGAUAACUUUCCCACUAUCAUGGUCAAAGGUGUCUGUGAUUAUGCAGACGGCCAUAAGAACAAGCAAUGGCAGAAAUAUGCCUCUGUCGCGGCAGCAGCGUGUGCGAAGGCUCUGCUGCAGAAAUGGCGAGUGACCGAACCCAGUAUCACAUCACGUAGCUCGACAAGAAUGGCUGAAGGACAUCGGCCCGAGACUGGUGCCGUCAAUGAUUUUGAUAAGGGAGUUGUGUUCAAUAAUCAUGCUCAAGUUGCCAAUCAAGGGGUUCAGCAAACUUUCCACGGCAAUGUCUCAUUCUACCAUGGCUCAGAGAGAAAAUAA